ACAUCCCAUUCCCUCUUCCUUGGGAACAAAGAUAACCUUAUCCAAAUGGGAGGCAAUGAACCACCCUUGAUGGAUGAAACCAGAGGACUAAUGCAACACCAUUCCUUAACCAAAUUCGAUGACUCAAAACAUCAAGCUUUACACUUAACAGCUACAACUUUUGUUACCAAAAAACAACCUCAAAGUUUGAGCCAUUGAUGCUUGUGUGUGCCACUAGUUGCUCAUCACACCAGCCAUGGGCUUCACCCAUUCCCACACUCACCACACUCCCAAAAUGCACAACCGCAGAACACGUGAACCAGCUCCACGCACGCAUGAUCACAACCGGGUUCCUCAAAAACCCUUCCCUCACCGCAAAACUCGUUCUUUCUUGCAUUUCCUCACCCCGUGAGCCUCUAGUCGAGUUCGCUCGCUACGUUUUCUUCAAGCACCACGCUUUUCGCGAUUUCCGUGAUGACCCUUUUCUCUGGAACGCUCUGCUCAGGUCCCACUCUCACGGGUGUGACCCCAGAGGGGCCAUAGUUCUGCUCUGCUUGAUGAUCGAAAAUGGGGUGCGUGUGGAUGGGUACUCGUUUUCGUUGGUUCUGAAGGCUUGUGCUAGAGUGGGUUUGGUUAGGGAGGGAAUGCAGGUUUAUGGGUUGUUGUGGAAGAUGAAUUUUGGGUCUGAUGUGUUUUUGCAGAAUUGUUUGAUUGGGUUGUUUGUGAGAUGCGGGUGUGUUGAGCUUGCGCGCCAGUUGUUUGACAGAAUGGCUGACCGGGAUGUUGUUUCGUAUAACUCUAUGAUUGAUGGGUAUGUGAAGUGUGGGGCGGUGGAGAGGGCGCGUGAGUUGUUUGAUAGUAUGGAGGAGAGGAAUUUGAUUACUUGGAAUUCAAUGAUUGGAGGGUAUGUGAGGUGGGAAGAGGGGGUGGAGUUUGCUUGGAGUUUGUUUGUUAAAAUGCCGGAGAAGGACUUGGUUUCGUGGAACACGAUGAUUGACGGUUGUGUGAAAAAUGGGAGGAUGGAGGAUGCUCGGGUGUUGUUUGAUGAGAUGCCGGAGAGGGAUUCGGUCAGCUGGGUUACCAUGAUAGAUGGUUAUGUGAAAUUGGGUGAUGUUCUUGCUGCGAGGCGAUUGUUUGAUGAAAUGCCGAGCAGAGAUGUUAUUUCUUGUAAUUCGAUGAUGGCAGGCUAUGUUCAAAAUGGUUGUUGCAUUGAGGCUUUGAAAAUAUUUUAUGAUAUGAAAAGGGCAACAAAUGUGGUGCCUGAUGAUACUACGUUGUUGAUUGUAAUCACAGCGUUUGCCCAAUUAGGACACGUUGAAGAUGGAGUUGUGAUACAUCAUUAUUUGAUGGACAAGGGGUACUCUCUGAAUGGUAAGCUUGGUGUUGCUCUAAUUGACAUGUAUUCGAAGUGCGGCAGCAUUGAUAACGCUAUCUCAGUGUUUGAGAAUGUCGAACAAAAAUGUGUUGAUCAUUGGAAUGCUAUGAUCGGUGGUUUAGCUAUUCAUGGAAUGGGUUUAAUGGCUUUCGAUUUUCUCAUGGAGAUGGGAAGGCUUUCUGUUAUUCCUGAUGAUAUCACAUUCAUUGGAGUGUUGAGUGCUUGUAGGCAUGCUGGCAUGUUGAAGGAAGGACUGAUAUGUUUUGAGCUCAUGCAAAAAGUAUACAAUCUGGAACCUAAAGUGCAGCACUAUGGAUGCAUGGUGGACAUGCUUAGUCGCGCAGGGCACAUUGAAGAAGCCAAGAAACUCAUUGAGGAGAUGCCUGUUGAACCCAAUGAUGUGAUUUGGAAGACCUUACUCAGUGCUUGCCAAAAUUAUGAAAACUUCUCUAUAGGAGAGCCUAUAGCUCAGCAAUUGACUCAGCUAUAUUCAUGCAGUCCAAGUUCCUAUGUGCUCCUGUCUAAUAUUUAUGCCAGUUUGGGCAUGUGGGACAAUGUAAAGAGGGUUAGGACAGAAAUGAAAGAAAGGCAAUUAAAGAAAAUUCCAGGUUGUAGUUGGAUUGAACUGGGGGGAAUUGUUCACCAGUUCUCUGUACAAGAUAGGACACACCCUCAGGUUACUGAGAUUUAUUCUUUGUUAAGUAGCUUGUAAAUUCCUAUUUCGAAGCUGAUCUAUUAUGUGAUAUUGUUUGAGUUGGGAAGUCGUGCAAUGUGUAUGAAAAGUGUAAAAAUAGUUGUAUUAAUUUUCUUUUCUUUUCUUUUA